AUGGCAUCGUUCAUGUCAUAUACAAAUAACGAUGAUAACAAUUUGGAAACAUAUACCAUCUUCUGCUUGGAAGCUUCCGUAAACUAUGAAGAAAAUCUGACGACUCAAAAACAAUUACGAAGUAUUAUUAAACAAAUGCGAACAUUUGUCGAUCCUGAAGAGGUUAUGGCUUGUGUCCAUUGUAUUUCUCAAGGUGAUCUUACAAUCUUGAUUGCACGUGGUCAACUGGGUCGCAUUGUCAUGCCCGAAAUGCAGAAAUUACAACAAUUAUUAUCCAUUUAUACUUACGGCUUUAACAAAGAAGCGAAUGAAGAUUGGAGGCGGAAAUUCAGCAAUGUAUUACCAGUAUUAUUCGAAAUCAAUGCUGAUUCUCGCGUACUUCGAAGUACAGCCGAUAACAAUAGACCUUUUGCAAAAGUCGCCGGACUCAGUGACCAUGAAAAUGAAUCAGAAGUACUUUUCAUGCUCGGUUCGAUCUUUCGCUUGAAUCAGAUUAGUCAUAAACAAUCAUUAGGUGAUGCAACAAUAUCGAUCAUUCAACUGACGUGGUGCAGUGAUCAUGACAACGGUCUCAAACCACUCUAUGAUGACAUGAAGAAAAAAUACGACGCGGAGGAAACAAAUCUUCUCUCACUUGGUUAUCUAGUAUAUAGAUUGGGAAAAUUUGAUAUGGCUGAAAAGUACUAUCGUCGAUUAUUGAGCGAACUUCCAUCGAAUAAACUCUCUCUCAGUGCAUUGUAUCAUAAUCUCGGUAUGGUUGCUAACAUGAAAAGUGAUUAUGAUAUGAGUCUCGAAUGGUAUCAAAAAUCACUUGAGGUUCUUGUAAGAACUCGACCAUCCAAUUAUAUACGAAUUGGUAUUACACAUAACAGCAUCGGUAAUGUUCAUCGAAAUAAAGGUGAUUAUCAUCGAGCACUCGAAUCGUACAAUCGAGCCGUAUCACUCUUUAAACAAGCACAUGAUGAGAAUCAUCCAAUUGUAGCUUCAUUUUACAAUAACAUUGGUAUCAUCUACUACGAAGAGAAGAAGUAUGUGAAAGCACUCGAUUUCUAUGAAAAGUCAUUUGCUAUUAGGAAGAAACACUUGCCAACGGAUCAUUCUGAUUUGAGUGGGUCGUACAACAAUAUUGGUAUUGUUCAUGGAUGUCUCGGUCAUUAUGAUCUGGCAUUGGAACAUUACAAUCGUUCACUUGAAAUCAGUUUGAAGUCACUUCCUGAUCAACAUCCAGUGAUUGCCAUGAUCUACAAGAACAUAGGUCUUGUAUAUGAACACAAGGACGAGUUGGAACAAGCAUUGACAUGGUUACAGAAGACUUCGACAAUCUACCAAGCUUUGUUACCAGCUAAUCAUACGAAUGUGGUUAAGAUAAAUGAUGAUAUUCAAAGAGUUGAAAACAAAUUGAAGAAAUGA